GCCCAGGGUGGCGCCGGCGUAGACUCUUUUCUCUGUACGCGGAGAGCCGCUCGGCCGCGCGCACGCCGGGUAUCUAGGCCGAGCCGGGAACGCCGAGAGCAUGGCCGGCGCGGGCGCGAAGCGGCGCGCGGUGGCGGCCCCGGCGGCGGCGGAGGAGGAGAGGCAGGCGCGGGAGAAGAUGCUGGAGGCGAAGCGCCUGGACGCGGACUCUGGGGGCGAAGGCGUGACCCUGCAGCGCAACAUCACACUGCUCAACGGUGUGGCCAUCAUCGUGGGCACCAUCAUCGGCUCGGGCAUCUUCGUUACGCCCACCGGCGUGCUCAAGGAGGCGGGCUCGCCCGGGUUGGCGCUCGUGGUGUGGGCUGUGUGCGGUGUCUUCUCCAUCGUGGGCGCACUCUGCUACGCCGAGCUGGGCACCACCAUCUCCAAGUCGGGCGGCGACUACGCCUACAUGCUGGAGGUCUACGGCUCGCUGCCCGCCUUCCUCAAGCUCUGGAUCGAGCUGCUCAUCAUUCGGCCCUCCUCGCAGUACAUCGUGGCGCUGGUCUUCGCCACGUACCUGCUCAAGCCUGUCUUCCCCACCUGUCCAGUGCCUGAUGAGGCAGCCAAGCUCGUGGCCUGCCUCUGCGUGCUGCUGCUCACAGCUGUGAACUGCUACAGCGUGAAGGCUGCUACCCGAGUACAGGACGCCUUUGCUGCUGCCAAGCUGCUGGCCCUGGCCCUCAUCAUCCUGCUAGGCUUCAUCCAGAUGGGAAAGGGUGAUAUUUCCAACCUACACCCUAAAUUAUCCUUUGAAGGUACCAAUUUGGAUGUGGGGAACAUCGUAUUGGCAUUGUACAGUGGCCUGUUUGCCUAUGGAGGAUGGAACUAUCUGAAUUUUGUCACAGAGGAGAUGAUCAACCCCUACAGAAACCUGCCCCUGGCCAUCAUCAUUUCCCUCCCCAUUGUCACAUUGGUAUAUGUGCUGACGAACCUGGCCUACUUCACUACCCUAUCUACCAACCAGAUGCUGAUGUCUGAAGCUGUGGCUGUGGAUUUUGGGAACUAUCACCUAGGAGUCAUGUCCUGGAUCAUUCCUGUCUUCGUGGGCUUGUCCUGCUUUGGCUCUGUCAAUGGGUCUUUGUUCACAUCCUCACGGUUGUUCUUCGUGGGGUCCAGGGAGGGCCACCUGCCUUCUGUCCUCUCCAUGAUCCACCCUCAGCACCUGACACCCGUGCCAUCGCUGGUGUUCACGUGUGUCAUGACCCUGAUGUACGCCUUCUCCAAUGACAUCUUCUCCAUCAUCAACUUCUUCAGCUUCUUCAACUGGCUGUGUGUGGCCCUGGCUAUCAUCGGCAUGAUGUGGCUCCGCUUCAAGAAGCCUGAGCUGGAGCGUCCCAUCAAGGUGAACCUGGCCCUCCCGGUGUUCUUCAUCCUGGCCUGCCUCUUCCUCAUUGCCGUGUCCUUCUGGAAGACACCCAAGGAGUGUGGCAUUGGCUUUGCCAUCAUCCUCAGUGGGCUGCCGGUCUACUUCUUCGGCGUCUGGUGGCAGAACAAGCCCAAGUGGCUCCUGCAGACCAUCUUCUCUGUGACGGUGCUCUGCCAGAAGCUCAUGCAGGUGGUUCCUCAGGAGACUUAGCUUCGAGACCUGGUGACAGGGAGAGUGUGCACUGUGACUGCUUCCAGACAGCUCACCUCGGAAAAGCAGCGUCCAGGCCUGCCAUUCUCCACAGCUCCAGUGAGCACCACCAACUGUCCUGCGUCAUCCACUGUCCCUCCAAUUGUCGGGUGUUCACAGUGGCUGUGGAAGAAUACUCUGGUACGAAUUUGGUCCCAGAAGGCGACCAUCCACACAUGGCACUCGGUGUUAGCGCAUGCUGUGAGCUGAGGCCUGGUCUUUCUGACUUUCUGGGGACUGCCACAUCUGGCCUUUCCCCCCCUCUCUGGAUUUUGUUUUGUUUUGUUGUUGUAGCUUGCAUUUGAGUCAAGUUUACACUACCGAGAUGAUUAUUUUCUAACAAGACAGGGUAGCAAGGCGCAGGAGACACGUAGCCAGAGCAGUCCAGCUGUGAAUGUGAAAGCUGCUGGCCACAGCUCUUCUCAAGGGGACCGCAUCACUGUUACCAGGUCGAAAGAACUACUGAGGCUCGGAUGUCACCUGUUCUACUGUGGACUUGGACUGACAGAUGGAUGAUGACACACAUUCUAGCUUGGGCUGUUUUGUUUUUCUGGGGUCCUAGAGAUGGAACCCCAGCCUCCUUCAUGUGAGGCGAGUGCUCUCCUGCUGCGUUACUUUUUUAACAUUAUAAAUGUAGAGCUCAGGUCUCAUUGAAGUCCUGGUGACUCCUCUUCCCUUGACCAUACAUGAAAGAGAGCUCUGCAGCCAUAACCCUAACAGCAGCUGGCUGCCGUAGCCAGAAGCCCAUGGGAAGAGCUGGCUGCCAGCUGUCAACUACGGGGCCAUGUGCUCUUGUGCACCCAGGCAGGCUCUGCCUCAUUCGAGGGGCUGUGCUGUGCUUCUUGCAGACGCAGUCUACCCCCUACCCCAGCUCUCUUAGAAAGGGACCAGGAAGGUGGACACGGUGACCAGCACUAUGGGUCUCCCACCCACACACCUCUGUUCACCUCCAUAGUUCCUGAGACUGUCAGCAGCUCUCUGCCAAGUCACCACCAUCCCCUCCUUGUCCCCCGAUAGCCAUUGUCCAGAAUAUGCACCAAGCACCCUCCCUGCUCCCUGCCACCUGUGUGGCAAGAUCACUCCAGCUUCCUGAGUGUGGAAGCUGCCGGCUACCUGCGGCCAUCCCUCCUCCUAUGUGGGACCACCCUACAGGUUGCCCGUUCUGUUCUGGGGGAGAAAGCUAAGGUCCAGCCAGCACAUUUAACCAAGCAGCUGAUCUACUUGGAGGGACAUGAGGAUCUAAGAAUCCCUUCCCAGUCCCAGCCAUUGCUCAGAUCGUGGCCUGCUUGAAGGAAGGCAGUGACUAGAGAGAUUAUAUUCUAUGCAGCUCUUGCAUGGUGAUAACCUUACUACUGGCCUCCCUGACUUCCCUCUAUGUUUCUGGGGUUCCCUUUCAUUGGAUGAGGAGGGAGAGGUCAGAGUGCCUCCUAAAGGAUCUCCCAGAGAUCUGAACUGGGGUCUCUGCCUUAGAAAUCAGGGCAGGGACCCAGUCCCAGCCUGGGUCUAAAGGGCAGGGACUCUUGGGCCAUGUUCAUGGUGCUGACCUACGCCCUCUGAGACGGCCCUGCUCAUUCCUCUCUCUGAUGCCCUGGGGUCUCCCACCUGCAGGGUUUUGGGGUUUUUUUUUUUUUUUUUUUUUUUUGUUUUUUUACCUUAAAGCAGGGGCUGAAGGGAUGGCUCAGUGUUCAGUACUUUGUCCUGACAUGUCACUGACCCAGAGAACACCUGUACCUGGCUUAUGUCAGCGGUCAGUGCCUGAGUGGUGUGUAAAGGUGGUGUUCCUGCCACAUUGGGUCCAUCUGCUGUCCACCUGAGUUAGUGGUGUGGUUGUAACAUCUUUUACUCUUGUAUUAAUGGCUAAUCUGUUACACUGGGCUGGAGCGGGGGGGUGGGGUUUUGCUGUUUUAUGGGACUUUUUCGGUUUUUGUUUUUUUUUUAAAAAAAAUGCUAUUGGAAUUCUAAA